AUGCGUGUCUCAUCAAUUGGUAAAGGUCUUCGUCAAAUUCCUACCCCUCGUUCGCGUUUAUGUGAACACAUAUCUGCCGAAAAUGAUAAUAAUGAUAAAUUACCUUCGUGCCGGCAACGAAUGUAUGUCACCUGUCCACACUGUCAACUCUCUCUGUUCAAUCGUUUGAAUGAGUGUCGGUAUGAAUUGACUACAAGACUUUCAAUUCCGCCAAAUGACCAAACAGCUGUUGAUAAUUGGCUCAACGAAUUCCAAAAUGUUAUCAUUCCGUAUGUUCAACGAACUUGUUGUCAAAAUGAUGUCAAACAAGACGAUGUGGAUCGAGUCGAAAAUUUCCUAGAGAAAAUGUUCACUGUUAUCCAACAUAUUCAAUUGUGUCCGGAUGACAACGAAGUUGAUCGAAAGCGUUCGAAAAUAUCUGAAGGUGCGGAUGAUUCGACUGAUCAACUACCGACUUCGAAACGUACACGAAUAGAUGUACAACCAUAA